CAAGGGUUGCUGAUUUCCCCGUUAACUGACUCCAAGACCAGGAAGUCGCACUCUCGUCUCUCAGAUAGGGAAAGCGAAAAAAGAGGAGUGAUCAGUGAGGUGUCAUAAAUAUAUUCAAUUACAACAACAAUGGCACAACGGACGGUAUGACAAAGUCGUUUUGGUAACACUAGCUAGGUAAUCACUUUCCUAGUUCUGGCGCUUUUUCGUAGGAGACCCUGCAAAGAAGCGUGAGAAGUUAUUAUUAGGGAGAAAUGGCGGACGGCGGAGGCUUCGAGUUGGGUGAUGUUGUCGACCCACCCAUUGCGCCGAAUAUCAUCUGUCCCCUUGUCACCGUUUCUGACCUACCCAGCCCGACAGCUGCAGGCCGUAACCUGAAGGAAUGGCUGCAGGAGCAGUUCAAUAAAAAGCCUGAAGAGCAGAGUGAGGACGCGCUGCUCCACAACGCUGCUUACGUAGGAGACCUGGAUACUCUAAGGAACCUGCUGCAGGAGGACAGCUUCAGAGAGCGGAUCAACGAGAAGUCUGUAUGGUGCUGUGGUUGGCUGCCCUGCACCCCUCUGCGCAUCGCUGCCACAGCCGGUCAAGGGGCCUGUGUGGCCUAUCUGAUAGGCCAGGGGGCCAAGGUGGACCUAGUGGAUGUGAAGGGUCAGACGGCCCUCUACGUGGCGGUGGUCAACGGACACCUGGACUGUGUGACCAUCCUCCUGGAAGCUGGAGCUGACCCCAACGGCAGCCGCCACCACCGCAGCACUCCCGUCUAUCACGCUGCACGGGUAGGCAGGGUGGACAUACUCCAAGAGCUCAUCAGGUUCCAUGCCGACGUGGAUGUGGACCACCAGCUGGGCGCCAGGCCCCCGUUUGGUGCGGCCCGCACCCUCACCACACUGGUGGUGUGCCCGCUCUACAUCAGCGCCGCCUACCGCCACCUCCACUGCUUCAGCCUGCUCCUGGCGGCCGGCGCCCAGCCGGACUACAACUACAACGGACCAGUGAGCCGCGAAGCGCUAGCAAAGGGUUUGGCCUCCUGCCUGCUGGAUGCGGUGCUGAGACACGGCUGUGAGGCGGCGUUCGUCAGACUGCUGCUAGACCACGGUGCCGAGCCCAGCCUGGUACCCUGGGAGCAGCCCCACCGAGAGGGAGCGACCGCCGGGGGCCGAGAGAGGGUUGACCCCGAAGCCCUGCAGCUCUACUUGGAGGCCAGGAGAUGUCCUCGUAGGCUGACCUACCAAUGUCGGAUCAGUAUUAGGAAAGUGAUGGGGAAGCAUCGGCUAAAACACAUCCCAUCUCUACCGCUCCCGGACCCCAUUCAGAACUUCCUGCUUCACCAGAACUGACUCUGGCAGGCCUUGCCUUUGAUUAUCGUUAUGCUAUUAUGAACAGUGACGGACUUACCAUUAGGCAGAAGAGGCAAUUGCCUCAGGCUUCACAUCAUAAUCAAGGGGCCUCAUGAGCUGGGCAUAAUUUAAACAAAUAAAACUAGUCAUCUUUUUGUUUAUUUCUCAGCUUGGGCUGUUGAGGCCCCUUGAUUUCUCAGCUUGGCCCCUUUAUUUCUCAGCUUGAGCUGUUGAGCCCCCCCCCCCCAUUCUCUGCUCAAAGGCAGGACUGCUCAGUAGGUUGGUUCAGCAGCAGCAAAAUCUGCAGGAAGCUUCAAAGUUGCAAACGAAAUGGGGAAGGGUUUCUUUGCCUGGUAACAUGGUUGUCAAAAAUACCUCCCAAAAAGUCAAUGAAUCUAUAUAGCUGAAGAAUAAUAGAUCAAUAAUUUAUUUCUAUACAAAUACACUACGUGUACGAAACAUUAGGAACACCAUCUCUUUCCAUGAGAUAGGCUGACCAGGUGAAUCCAGGUGAAAGCUAUGACCCUAUAUUGAUGUCAUUUUUUAAAUCCACUUCAAACAGUGUAGAUGAAGGGCAGGAGAUGGGUUAAAAAAAAUACUUUUACACCUUGGGACAUGGAUUGUGAAUGGGCAAGACAAAAGAUGGAAGUGUCUUUGGGGGGUAUGGUAAUGUAGUUGAUGCCAGGCGCACCGGUCUGAGUGUAUCAAGAACUGCAACGCUGCUGGGUUUUACUCGCUCAACAGUUUCCCAUGUGUAUCAAGAAUACACAUGGGAAACACCCAAAGGACACCCAGCCAACUUGACACAACUGUGGGAAGCAUUGGAAUCAACAUGGUCCAGCAUCCCUGUGGAAUGCUUUCGACACCAUGUAGAGUCCAUGCCCUCACGAAUUGAGGCUACUCUGAGGGCAAAAGGGGGUGCAACUCAAUAUUAGGAAGGUGUUCCUAAUGUUUUGUACACUCAGUGUACAGUGCAUCAGAAACGUUGUUUAUUGCUUGUUUGCUGUGACAAAGCCUCCAUUCUCUGUAUGAGUCGGUAUGAGUUGCUUCUUGACUUAUUUGCAUACCUUCCACAUAAUUGCAAUAAUUCCAAAAACAUAUUUAUUUUCUAUUUUCUCUGUAUUAGGGCUUUCUGUACCACCUACAAAGUGAUCUGCAACUAAAGCAAUGUCUGUUUC